UAAAGUAUUUUCACCCAUAAAGAGGCGGCUCUUAGAGAGGUGCUUGCUGGCGCGCCGUGACGUCACGCGCCUAACUCCGGCGUGACGUCACGCGAGGGCGCGUCACUGCCGCAUCACUUCCGACGGCUCUCCCGCCCCUUUUGUCCCACCGGGCCCGGACCCACGGACGGCCCAAGCGGCUGCCGAGCCCCCGAACUCGUCCUGCCCCCGGAGCCCCCCGGGGGUUGGUGGGGAGGGGGCGCCGGGGGUCCCCGCCGGGGCGGGAUGAUGCUGCCGGGAGCAGCGCGGCUCUCUCGGGGGGCUCCCCGCUUCGGGGGGUGGGUGAGCAGGGGGUUCGAUGCUGUUUCGGCGCUGCCGGAGCCCCUCGUGGUGUCGCCGGAGCCGCAGCGCCCGCCGGCCCCGCUCCGGGAGCAGCCCCGGAGCCGCAGCGCCCGCCGCUCCAUCCCGGGAACCGGCCCAGGUGAGGAGGAGGAGGAGGAAGGUCUGAGCCUCUCUGAGCCACCCCUGGAUCACCUGGAACACGGGGCAGCUCCCGAGCACCUGACAAGGAAAAUCGAGCAAAUUUUUGCUCUUUUUGGGUCACAAACCCAGCUGAAGAGGAGCCCUGAGCCCUCCCCAGAAGGAUUCACAGCAUCCAACAAUUUACCCAGGCGAUGGGAAAGAUUCCUAUUAUUAAAAUGUGUUACAAAUUGAGGAAACAUGAACAUCUGAUGGAGAAUAU